GGACUGCUGCAUUAUGGGAAUAGGGCCUGACGUCAGAGUUUGGAAUUUCAUGGCGGACAUCAAGGGGACGGAAGCGAAGUCUGGGCAAAAAUUGGGCGAUAUUUCUCUACUUGUAUGGUCUAUGCCCCAUAAGAAUACAAUAUAGAGAGGACAGUUUAUACGUGAGGCCAGCUGGUACCGUUUAGUGACCAAGAGGAGGUAUUUUCCGUUGUUGAAAGCCACGAUCCGAUGGCAGUGUUUUGACUAUGUUUUGGAGAUGAGAUGAGAGGUGCGGCAGGCAGCAGGACCUAGCGGCCCCGCUAUGGACCAGUCCCCGGCCUCCGUGCAGGGCCUCCUGCGGGCCUGUGAGCAGGGAGACCUGGCCGCCGUGCAGGCCCUGCUGGACCAGGGGGUGCCGGUGGACGUCGCGGAUGACGAGGACGCGACGCCGCUACAGACGGCCGCGGCCUACGGGCAGGACUCCGUGGUGCGCCUGUUGCUGAUGCGGGGCGCUGCGCUCGAGAAACCUAACCACCACGGAUGGACACCUCUCCUUCAGGGUGCCAGGAAUGGCCAUCUGAGUGCAGUAGAAUUGCUGCUACAGAACAAGGCCAACCUGAACCAUCGCAGUAAGCUGGGAGCCACAGCGCUCACGCUCGCUGCACGCGGCGGCCACGCCAACGUCAUCCACAUGCUGCUGGAGGCGGGGGCCGACAUCAGCGAGGCCGAGAACCAAUGGGGAAUCACGCCGCUCAUGGUCGGCGCCAUGUACGGCCACGACAGCGUGGUCAGGUUACUGUCGCCAAUCGAUCCCGGCGGGUUGCAACCGCCGCACACGCCGGACAUGACGGCGUGGAACGCGUUGAUGCUCGCCACGUGGAACGGACACCUGAGCACGAUGCAGCUACUUGUGGAAAAUGGGUACGACCCAAACAGGACCAAUAUACUGGACCAGACUCCCUUAGAACUUGCCAUAUUGAGAGGGAACAAGGCUAAAGAUAUCAGGGGAUACCUGGAGAAAAGGACCAGACGGAAGCCAAGACUCGUUACUGAUGAGGAGACCAAACCUGACAUCAUAGAAUCUGCCAAAACAGGUAACAUCAAAAGAAUAAAAGAGCUCCUGCUUGAAGACAGCAGUCUUCGAGAUGCGUCCUGUACACAGGAGGGAGGGGCCACGCCGCUCAUGUUCGCAGCCAUGCACGGUCACAUGGCCGUCGUGCAGCUUCUGGUGGAGAAGGGUGCCGACAUCAACAAACAGGACAACAUCAGUGGAUGGACAGCACUCAUGCAGGCUGUCUACUAUGGGAAGAAAGCGGUCGCAAAAUACCUGAUAACAGCAGGUGCUGACGUCAACAUCCAGGCCAUGAAUGGCUGUACAGCCUUUGACAUGGCUUCACUGAUAGAUGACAUUGACACUGAGCUGGUGAGGUUGCUGGCUGCAAAGGCAAUGAAAGUCAACAAGCCACAGAAAGGGAGAUCCUCAGCUUGGAUUACACCUUCUACUAGCAGCUCCAACUCCAAAGCUGCCCUCAACGGUGGAAACAUAUCUUCAAACACUGAGGAGAAUGUGAGAGGCUUGAGGUCGUGGUGGAACCGGAUGUCAAAUCGCUUCCGAAAUCUGAAGAUCACACGGACGUUGAGGGGCAUUAACAAGUUGACUCCCUUCAAUGAUGAAGAGGACAUAAACGACAUGACUCUACGUAGCCCACAACAACAAGAAAGUGCCAACAUACAAGAGCAGCCCAAAAGGACGAUAACUAGUGCCUUCAACAGCAUAGGUGACUCAGGAAUGGGUAGCAGUUCUCUCUACACUAUGAAUUUGAACUCAGGCCCAGCCUCCAAACUGCCCAAUGAUAUGUUACUGCCAGUCAUCCCUCCCUUCCUGCCGCCUCCAACUUUUGAGUUGAACAAUACAGACAGACCGCGCAUGAUGUAUGGGUCAAGAACAUCACUAUCAGGAAGCAAUGGGAGCUCCAGUAACAAGACGCUCCUGAGACCAAGCCGUUUCCUUGCGACGUCGGGAAGUACCCACACCAGCCCCAACAACUCCUCCCACUUCCACACCCACAGCCCCACCUCCUCGGGCGGGGCCAGUACUGUCAGCGGCAUCUUCCCUCCAUCCAGGAGAAACGUCCUUACCGGAUUUGGGGGAGGUUCGCUAGCCCCCAUCCCUGGCCAGGUGUCGUACCCAGACACAGGUUUCCUCCCUCACAUCACGUCUCCCAACAAGAGAAACACGGCCAGAUCACCUGCCCAGUCCAUCAACAUCCCCAGUGGAUCCUCCCCAAACCAUGCGGUUGAGUCGUUACCACCGAUAAACCCGCAUUCGUCGAGCCGAUUCCUAUCGCCACCGAUCAGCCCCAGUUCCUCCUUCUCUGCAUCGACCAUCCACAGCUCAGACUCCAGCGAGAACGGCAAGUUCCUGACUCCGCCCAUGAGCCCGUCAUUUUCCUUUUCAUCUACCUCUACUCUCCGCCGCGGGAGUGGCGACUCCGGGCUCUUCCUAACGCCCCCCAUGACUCCGCUGUACUCCCCCUCCCCCACACCGAGCGAUCAGUACCUCACCCCGCCCCACAGCCCCAUGUUCUCCUCUACAUCCACCCUGCGUGGGGACGACGCACACUCCCCAGACUAUUACACCCCUCCACACAGUCCCCAGGUGCACGUUAUACACUACUACCCAGACCGCCAAUGGUACUCCCAGAUGCCAGCAUCACAGCCCCAGUGGACAGACUUACCCGGGGCUGUGCCGACCUCCUCUCCGACCAUACAGCACCCACAGCCCCCCCUCCGAUCGCUGUCCCACGUGACUCUCCCCGCCAUAUCGGCUGCCCAGAUGUUGUUAACCAGGCAGGAGAGUAGAGAGGGUCAGAUCUGCUCCACGUGCUCACAAGUCAUCCCCUCGCCGGAGAUGUCCAGGAGAGCGAGCAGUGUUUCGGUCGUGUCCUCCGUGGUGUCCUCACCGUCGGGUGUCUUCUACACGUCUUCUCCGGGAAGUUCCCCUGAGUCUUCCAUGCAACACGGAUCGGACGAGGGAACGCCUCGCCCACAGAGAAGGGGCCUGUAUCCCGUAAGUCGUCCAUCGUACUCCCAAGGAGGGCUGUACUACCCAGAGCCUCAGCCAGGUCCAUCGGCAACAGAUGUUAGAGUCUGUGCUGAACAGAACAAGGAAACUAUGGUUCCAAGGAGGAGUUCCCAAACUAAGAGCAUGUACCUAAGUCCUGAGAUGGCACCAGUCACCUCCACCACUGCCACCAUCCACCCUGUGGUGAUGUCCAACAUGAAGACCUCAGCGUCCAGUAGCUCUCUCAGCGGCUCCUCCUCCAAAACAAAGAGACCAGCAUCAGGGGGGACGUCCAGAAGCAGCACUCUCACACCAUCACCGUCACCCACCCGCAAGGGGAGUGGGGACGAGAAGAGGCACAGCCUAGGUAUUGGCAAGGUGCAGCCACCAAGAGGAAGCUCAAGUGCAACUUCAUCUGAAGAGGUCAUAUUUGAUACUGUGUCACUGGAAAGAUACAGAGCCAUCUUUGAGGAGCAAGAGGUGGACAUGGAAGCAUUCCUUACGCUGACAGACGAUGACUUACGAGAACUUGGAAUCUCUUCAGAAAGACCCAGGAGGCAAAUUCUCUCUGCAAUCGGAGAACUGAACUCUGAAAAGGGUAGAGAAAGGCAGUUUUACAGAGAAACUCUCAACAACUUCCAGCCAGCCAUUGGAACUGGAAUGGGUGGACCUGGCAGCCUGGUGAACUGGAACAUGUCCCAGCAGCCCGUCCAGGCUGGGCGUAAAGCUUAGUAGAGACGCCCUGUACAUUUAUCUACACUCAAGACAACACUGCAAAUACACUGUACCAGACAUAUCCAGACCAUGGACCGUUGUUGGCUUCAGAAGUGUGAACUAGUUCUCUUCUUCAUUAUUACUAUUCCUUUGAGGAGAAAUAGAACAUAGACUAAUGUUUUAAGUGUAAAAGAUGUAGAUACAAGACCAAGUGUCUGCUAUGAGAAACUAAGAAUAUUUAUUACCUACUGAAGGAUGAUCCUAUCUGGUCGUACGACUUCCAGUCAUGCUGUCAUUUGAGCUGGUUCCAUUCUAAUGUCUACAUAAGAUCACACCGGGCAACACUUUCUAAAUGUGCCAGUUACAGCUCUUAUAACCUUUAAUGUGGAUAGUCCCCUGCAAAAUACAAGAUCUGCAAAAGAAACAUUCCCAUCAUGCGUAUCUAGUUGUCAACACGUUUCUAGCUGGACCUACCAGUCAACUGCUCGGUUAUAUCUAUAAGAUAAUAACAAUCUACUUAAAACAUGUACCUGUAUCUGGUCAAAUUGAAGGGAUGAGCAUUCAGAAGGUGGUAUUCAUCUUUUAGUAUCUGUCUGCAGGUUUACCUAAAGUCAUACACAUUGUACAUGUUGAUUAUGUGCACCAGUCACAACUGUUGUAGGAUAGGCACACCACAUGACAGCUUCAGUUACAUGCUGGUUUGAACAUGUUGAUUUGACAGAAGAACUAAGUACUAAAAGCAUAGAUGUUGUAAUAGAUGACCCACUGGUUUGGCAUCAGAGACAUAUCCUUAUAUUGUGGAAACUUGGAGAAUUCCAGCAAUGAUAUAACAUUAGGGUAUUUUCAGUAGUCAUCCUUGCGUUGUAAUACCUGUAAAUAUAUAUACCAAUUCUAUAGAUGUAUGAAAUAUGUGUAUAUUCUGGCAUAGUGAGAAAGGCUGCGAGCAAUGCGUACCUGUUUUAAAAAAAGAUGGCUGGCCUUGAAAUGGCUAAGCAUUUUUAUUAACUCAGUAUGGAAUUAUCACUAGUAAAUGUCAUGUGUAGUAUUUUGUAUUAGAUGGAACUUGUGUUAUUAGAAGCCUAAUGUAUUUCUGUGAAUACUGAGUGCAGACCUAUUUUUGUGUUUUAAAUUAACUGUAGUGUUAUCUAGAGGACAGUUACAUCAUACAGUCUUUUAACUUCUGUGGAAUCAGUCAUGUUAAUAUGUCGUCAUUUGUCAAUGCAAGCUCUUUCAUAGGAGUAUGUUGGCUGCUUUAAUGUAAAUUUUGCCAAGGAAAAGUUCUAUGAUAGGAGAGGAAGAAGAAUACUACAGUACCAUUUUUGCAGCAAAAUUAUGUAAAAUUGCAUUUAGACAUGCCAAACUAACUUCCCAAUAUGACUCUUACAUUCUUACUACAUGAAAAGACAUGGAUGAUUUGCAAUAGGACAACUUGAGGUAGACUGUAUGCCCAGAUGUUAACCACUUAGCCUUCAUAGCAGGCUCUACAAGUCAGGCCUCUUGGGGGCUAAUAAUGUGCCUUAGUUUUGAUCAGUUCUACCUGUACCUAGCUUCUUGUGAGCUGCCUUUGUACAAUUAAUGCCAUAUUAGCACAUGAUAAAUCUGAGCAAAGCCAGAUUCAUAGAACCUGCUAAGGAGGCUAUCCCAAAUCCUUGCGUUUACAUAUCUGAAGUACAAUGUUACAGUAUUCUGCAUACAGUACCAGUUACUACCUGUAGGUAUCAACCUGUUUCACUACAAUUACAAUGAAACAGGUUCUCUUCAAUGUGGUCCUCAAUGGUUUGUUUCAUCAACUAGAAUCUGUCAGGAUGUGUGUGUGUAGUGGAGGGAUAGCGAAAAGCAUUGCACAUGACUUUUCCUUGUAAGUGUUGUCACAAAUAUCUGCCUGUGUGUAUACCAGGGUGCUAGCCUUCGUAUGUCAUUUGACAGAAUUUUGAUGCUUAGAACAGAAAAAUGUUACGAUCAUUCUGUUAACUUUGGUGGACAAAUAUCGAUGGGUCAAGAUAUAGAAAUAUCCAAAUUUGAAUAAAUCAAGACCAAAUACCUGCCUGGAAAUUGAAGAAUGACAGAAAUCUGUACACAGUGACAGGGAAAAAACUCUAUUAAGUUUUUCUUUGUCAGUGGGCAUUGGGAUGAUGGAAAAUGGCUGCAUAGGGCCCUGGUGUAUAUUCCAGAUUCUUACCCAAGUUAUGCAUUUUUGAAACAGUUUGCUUACCAGUUUGCUCACACAGUAAAAUAAGAUCUUAUAUAUCAUCACAUUGUACCAUUUGAACACAAGUUUUCACAGCAUAGCACGUUUGGGGUAAAACAAUUGCUGUGGAAAGCCAACUCACACAUAUGAAGUGCCUACUAGGUUUCACUUAUCAUCUGGACUCGAAAUGAUCGUGAUAAAAGGUGUGCAGACAGUCCUGUUUAUAGGUAUCACUAUUAUAUUCACUUGCUAUGUCAGAGCUGUAUUGUCAUGUUGAUUAUAUCCUUGUGUCAAAGGCAGAUAGUUCUAUUUUGUACAAUUUAUACGUGUAGAAAGCGCUAUAUUUGUAAACAGGACAAGGAGAGAUGAAAAAUGCUUGUUUAGAAGGAAUUCUGGUACACGUAAUUUGAAAAACCACUCAUUGUAAAAGUAAUGUUGUAUAUAAGUGAUAACCUUAUGCCUAGGAGUAACAAAGAAGCUCCAUCUAUAGUGUUCUUACAUUCCCAAAUUUGCAAUAAAUGUUACAGUACUUGAUCUAGA